UCACAAAAGAGUGUCUAUUGGCUGCCCAGAGACAAGACAUGCAAAGAGUAAUGGACUUGCUAUCGUUAAAGGAACAUCAAGCACGGACUCUGCUUAUACAUUAUAGGUGGGAUGUUGAUGAAGUCUUUGAAGUGUUAGUGGAGAAGGGAAAAGAUAGGCUUUAUGCAGAAGCAUGCGUAAUGGUACAGUAUGAUGACAAUCUCAGUUCAACGCGUCGCUCUUCUCUAGCACUCUGUGAAAUCUGUAUGGAGGAAGUCCCUGUCUUUAAGAUGACCACAAUGGAUUGUGGCCAUUGGUUUUGCAACAACUGCUGGACGCAACACUUUGUUGUGAAGAUAAACGAGGGUCAGAGUAGGCGUAUAAGUUGCAUGGCCCACAAAUGCUAUGUAGUUUGUGAUGAGGAUAAAAUCAGAUAUUAUGUAAGCAAAACGGACCCUGAUCUGGCUGAGCAAUUUGAUCGUUACCUUUUAGAAUCAUAUAUCGAGGAUAAUAAAAGGGUGAAAUGGUGCCCGAGUGUUCCACACUGUGGAAAUGCCAUUCGUAUCGAGUAUGAUGAGUAUUGUGAGGUUGAAUGUGCCUGUGGUGUUCAGUUCUGUUUUAGCUGCUCUUCAGAAGCACAUUCUCCGUGUUCCUGUCAAAUGUGGGAGCUAUGGACCCAGAAAUGCAGGGAUGAGUCUGAGACCGUUAACUGGAUCACAGUCAAUACAAAGAAUUGUCCCAAAUGUCAUAAGCCAGUUGAAAAGAAUGGAGGAUGCAACCUUGUCUCCUGUAUAUGUGGUCAACCGUUUUGUUGGCUAUGUGGUGGAGCAACUGGCUUUCAACAUACAUGGGAAAGCAUAGAAGGUCACACUUGUGGGCGGUUCAAAGAAGAGGAUAUAGCGAACAUAGCACGUGCCGAAUCAGAAAUUGUGCGUUAUACUCACUAUCAUGGUCGUUUCAAAGCUCAUUCAGAUUCUUUCAAGGCGGAAGUUGCUCUCAAGGAGAAGUUACAAAAGAAGAUAUCAAAUAUGGAAGCGAGAGAACUGGAAAUCAAAAAUUACGAUUGGGUCACAGAUGGAGCCGAGAGGCUGUUGAGAUCAAGGCGCAUCAUAUCAUAUUCGUAUCCGUUUGCAUAUUAUAUGUUUAACGACACUUCUCUCAGUGAAGAAAUGACAAAGGAAGACCGGAAUAUCAAACAGAACUUGUUUGAGGAUCAUCAGCAGCAGCUCGAGGGACAUAUUGAGAAACUUUCACUGUUUCUAGAAGAACCGUUUGAUGAGUAUCCAGAGGGAAAAGUUAUGGAAUCGAGAAUGCAGAUCAUUACGCUUUCUAAUAUCACCGAUGUCCUCUGCAAGAGAAUAUACGAGUAUAUUGAUAACGAGAUACUGCUACAUUUGCGAACAACGAUUAACAUAGUACCGUAUAGGUCGAAGGGUGCAGAUAAGGCGGUGGAGCUUGAGUUAUGAGUUGCUAAUUAGAAGGCGAUUUCAAGAUAAAUAAGGUCAUAAUACUUUUGCUUUAGAAGCUAUUAUUUACAUGGUUUUAAAGCUGAUUUGCAACAAUUUGAAAUGGAAAGUUGAUGCUAGAUAGUGAUCACUAAAUUAAGUAUAAAAUGGUAAUGCUAUUUCAGGAUAUUCCUUUC